UAAGUGGCAAAAAUUCAGGACAGAAAAUGGCGACGGCGGGGAGCCGGACGUCGUCGUUAGGCGGAUUAUUAGACUCCAGUAGCGGCACAAACGUCGGGAACGGACUUCAGGGCACUUCCAACGGCUCCACGCCUCUGAACAGCAGCGGGAAAGUGAAGAGAAAUGCGGGUGAGAGCUCUCAGUGGAGACGAAAGGUGAGGAGUGUGGAUCUGGAUAAAUGCGAGAGCGGGACCGCAGCGCUGCACUUCCUCACGGUGUCCGGUCCCGGCUCGAUCCAGACCGCUUUACUGCAGCAAAGCCUUGCCGACCCGCAGCUCGGAGACAAAACCAGCAAUAAUUUGUGUACAAGUGCUCAGGAAUGGAUGAAAAGCUCUUUAAAAAGCAGCAGUGAAAGUCCGAGCGCUGAACAUGGAGGGGCUGCUGCUGCUGUGGACGUGAACGCUUCGCAAAACAGCCGGGACAUGGAGAACAAGGAGACUCUGCGCGGGCUGCAGAAGAUGGAGGACCGGCCUGAGGAACGACUGAUCCGAGAGAAGCUCAAGGCCACCUGUAUGCCCACCUGGAAGAGCGAGUGGCUGGAGAGGCGGAGCAGGAGAGGACCAAUGGUUGUGAAGCCCAUUCCUCUGAGAGCCGACGGCACUGAAGCCGGAAGUGACAGUCACAACUCGUCUUCAUCCCAGAGCCGAGGUCAUCGCAGCCCGUCUCCCGGACCUUCCUCUUUCUCAGCCGGUUCCUCCUCCUCCUCAUCGUCCUCCACAAAGACUGCUGGGAAGCCGGAUUCUCCUGGUCUACGCAGACGGAGAGCAUCACCAGUGCCUAGUGGACGGGUGACCCCUCCUCGAAGAGCUCCCUCUCCUGAUGGCUUUUCUCCAUACAGUCCAGAGGAGACCAACCGCAGGGUCAACAAGGUCAUGAGGGCCCGCCUGUACCUGCUCCAGCAAAUAGGACCCAACUCAUUCUUGAUUGGCGGAGACAGUCCUGACAACAAGUUCAGGGUGUUCAUUGGUCCACAGACCUGCAGCUGCGGCAGAGGAACGUUCUGCAUCCACGUGCUCUUCGUCAUGCUCCGAGUUUUCCAGCUGGAGCCUUCAGAUCCUCUACUGUGGCGGAAAACCCUCAAGAAUUUUGAGGUGGAGAGCUUGUUUCAGAAGUACCACAAUCGCCGCAGCUCCCGCAUCAAAGCUCCCUCACGCAGCACCAUCCAGAAGUUUGUGUCCCGCAUGUCCAAUUCUCACACCUCGUGUACUUCCAGUGCCUCACCAUCCAGUACUGAAAGCAGUAUGAAGGACGAGGAGGAGCAGAUGUGUCCCAUCUGUCUGCUGGACAUGUUGGAUGAGGAAAGUCUGACAGUGUGUGAAGAAGGCUGCCGAAACAAACUCCACCAUCACUGCAUGUCUAUAUGGGCCGAGGAGUGCAGAAGAAAUCACGAUCCUUUAAUCUGCCCACUGUGUAGAGCCAAAUGGAAGUCUCAUGAUUUUUACAGUUAUGAAGCACCGUCUACUGUGGAAAGCACAACCAGCCGCUCUCAGAGCCAAACAGCUGCUUCAUCAUCAUCGUCUUCAUCUCUUCAUGCUGAGAGCUCCAGGACGGGGCAGGAUGGAGACUUCUCUCUUCCUCAAUAUGGAGUUCAGCACAUCCCUCAGACAUACACGGAGCUUGCCGAACCCUGGAUCAAGGUGUUUGGUUUGGAGUUGGUCGGCUGCCUCUUCUCUCGUAACUGGAACAUCAGAGAAAUGGCUCUGCGGCGGCUGUCCCAUGACGUGAGCGGAGCCCUGCUCUUGGCCAACGGUGAGCACUCAUUGGCCGGAGCGGGUGCAGGGGCAGGGCUGGCAGAGGUAUCUGGAGACGUUGUGGUGGAGUCCUGCUGUAGUGUGCUCUCCAUGGUCUGUGCAGACCCUGUCUACAAAGUCUACGUGGCAGCGCUGAAAACCCUGCGAGCGAUGCUUGUCUACACCCCGUGCCACUCUGCUACAGAGAGGACUCGAUUACAGCAGCUACUGCGGCCCGUGGUGGAAACCAUACUGGUCAAGUGUGCUGAUGCUAACAGUCGCACCAGUCAGCUGUCUGUGUCCACUCUGCUGGAGCUGUGCAAAGGUCAAAUGGGAGAACUCGCUGUGGGCAGAGAAAUUCUCAAAGCAGGCUCUAUUGGUAUUGGUGGAGUUGACUAUGUCCUGAACUGUAUCUUGGGCUCUAAAACGGAGGCCAAUAACUGGCAAGCACUGCUUGGUCGGCUGUGUCUGAUUGACCGGCUCUUACUGGAGUUUCCUGCUGAAUUCUACCCACACAUCGUGUCAGGUGGAGACUGCAACCAGGCGCAAAACGUUGUGGAGAGGUACCAGAAGCUGCUGCCUCUUCUAAGUUUUGCUCUGAAGUCUAUUGAUAACUCUCACUCCAUGGUGGGAAAGCUUUCUCGUCGUGUCUUCCUGAGUGCUGCCCGUAUGGUAGCUCGUGUGCCUCAUGUCUUCGUUAAGCUACUGGACAUGCUCAAUGUCACCAGCUCCACUCACUAUGCACGCAUGCGCCGGCGUCUUCUGGCCAUUGCAGAGGAGAUGGACAUCCUGGAUGCGAUUCAUCUGGGACUAGAUGACCUACAGAAAGAGCACACCUCACCCUCUUGUGCUUUCCUUGAACCCUCAGCCCCUCAUAACUCCCCAUGUACGACUGAAAGAAGCUCCCCCACCCAUGGUCUACAGCAGCCCACCGCUAAGGUGACACUUUCAGGUCAAGCCAGUUCAACCCCUGUAGAGGACAUAACCGAGAGACUCUCAAACAUAGUCGCUAGCCCUGCUGAAUUUCCAAAGCCCCCUAUUCAGGCUCGAAACAGACCCAUUAGUCAGUGUCUGAACUCCCCCUCAUCUGGUCAACCCCCGAGCCUUCCUUCUCUGUCCAUGGCCAAUGCCUCAGCCUUCCCUCCAGAAAACUCCAAAGCCCUGCCACAGAGUUUUAUUCCCAGCAAGCUUGCCCAGUCCUCACUGGGUACCCAACGCAAGUUGCCUCUUCAGAAAGGUGCCUGUAGUAGUAAAGAACCAGAGAAGCUUCCCUCCCCUGUGUUUACCCAAGCUCGGCCACUGCCCCAGAGUCAGAUCCACCGGCCCAGACCUUCUCGACCCUCUCCUGCUGCCUCAUCUGACGGAGCUAAAGCUUUAAGCCCUUUCACAAAGGGCAACAUGAAACUGGACCUUCAGGAGGCCCGGUCCAGAGAUGAUGUGGCCUGCAGUGGGGGAUCUGCUCUCAUCCCCAGUGAGGACACUGCCUUCACGCCAGUAGAGGAGAAGUUUCACAGUCUGGAUGCUUCAGCUGAUCUCAGCUCCAGCAUGGAAGAUCUGCUGGAAGCCACUAUCCCUGUGGCAGACAGCACGGUCACCUUCCAGUCUGAAGUGGCAGUGCUGUCCCCAGAGCAGGCAAAUGCAAACGAUGACACGUACAGUGAAGACGUGACCCAGAACCAGAAGUGCAAGGAGAAGAUGGAAGCUGAAGAAGAGGAGGCAUUGGCAGUAGUCAUGGCCAUGUCUGAGUCGCAAGACGCUCUGCCUGUAAUCCCACAGUUACAGGUGGACAAAGGAGAGGACGUGAUCAUUAUUCAGGUGGAUACACCAGAGACUCUGCCUGGUCAUACCAAAGCAAAGCAGCCAUACAGGGAGGGAAAUGAAUGGCUAAAAGGUCAACAGAUUGGCCUGGGUGCCUUUUCGUCAUGUUACCAGGCUCAGGAUGUGGGCACUGGGACUCUGAUGGCUGUCAAACAGGUGACGUAUGUGAGGAACACUUCAUCAGAGCAGGAGGAGGUGGUGGAAGCGCUACGAGAGGAGAUUCGCAUGAUGGGCCUCCUAAACCACCCACACAUCAUCCGCAUGCUGGGGGCAACCUGUGAGAAGAACAACUACAACCUUUUUGUAGAGUGGAUGGCAGGUGGCUCUGUAUCUCAUCUCUUGAAUAAGUAUGGCGCAUUUAAAGAAGGGGUAAUCAUCAACUAUACGGAGCAGCUUCUCCGGGGUCUGGCCUACCUUCAUGAAAACCAGAUCAUCCACCGUGACAUCAAAGGUGCCAAUUUACUGAUUGACAGCACAGGCCAGAGGCUGAGGAUAGCUGAUUUUGGGGCUGCAGCACGUUUGGCUUCGAAAGGCACUGGAGCAGGGGAGUUCCAGGGUCAACUUCUGGGAACCAUUGCCUUCAUGGCUCCGGAGGUGCUGAGAGGACAGCAGUACGGCCGGAGCUGUGAUGUCUGGAGUGUUGGCUGUGCCAUCAUAGAGAUGUCCUGUGCUAAACCUCCCUGGAACGCUGAAAAACACUCCAACCAUCUGGCGCUCAUUUUCAAGAUCGCCAGUGCCACCACAGCGCCCUCCAUCCCACCACACUUGUCUCCAGGCCUGCGGGACGUGACCCUGCGCUGCCUGGAGCUCCAGCCCACUGACCGGCCGCCCUCCAGAGAGCUGCUGAAACACCCCGUCUUCAGACACAGCUGGUAGAGCGCGAGCCGCAGCCGCCGAGACCACAAACUACUGAACACCGCUCCCACUGCUGUCAUCCCACUAGCGCUAAAGCUAGUGCUAGUUUAGCCACUGUCUGUCUGUCUCUCGCCCAAACACACAAAAACACAAUCACUGAAGAGGCUCUCGAUGCUGGAUCCUCAGUACACCAUGCGGAAAACACGUUAAGUGUGUGUUAAAGUGCCAUUCUGCUAAUUAUAAUGCUAAUGGAGAGUCUUUUCAGUCCCCUUGCAUUUAGCGAUUAGCUUUUAGUCUGCAUGUAAGGCCUCAUGCUCUGUUUUACACCGUGUUUUGGCAAAUCUACGCUAGUUGAACUAGCACACCGUUGAAUGUGAACGCAAACGAUGGUUCCUUUGGAGAGCGGAGAUGGUGCGUGUGUAAUUUUACUUGUUUUAUAGGCCGCUUGGGACUCUUUUUCAAAGCUAAACCCAAUUUUUAGACUGUGACGUUUGUCUGUAAAUCUCGUUUUUAAGAUGUUCGGAAGUCUCACUGGAAAAUCAUUCGGCGAUUUCGGUUUCUAUGUUGUGAUUUCAUUUCAGUUCUGUCAUUUUACUCAGCCAUGUUUUUGUUUUGGUGCUGUUCUGUUCACGUUCACGAAAAUCCCACAGAUUAUUUUUUUGUUUUUGUAAACGAUUAAGCUUCCUAAAGGAAUAUUCAGCUAAAUAUUUUGGCUUAAGCGUACGUUUGGGUGGAGGGGAUCAUACUUAGCUAGUGACUUUUUAGCAAACACUGUUUAUUUUUCCCCUCAAAAACGAUUAACAUGCAUGUUCGGAAAACAUGUCAGGUGAAAUGAACUGUAGCUCUUCAAGUGUUGUUGCUGUUUAGUUUUAAAGGUUUUUUUUUUUUUAAGAAUAUUUGGACUCCCAAAUAUAAUACGAGUUUUAAAUGUGACAAUUUGAGAACUAUUUUUAAAAGUAAAGUUAUUUAAUGCAAAUCCUACUGUGGAGAUCAGGCUGACGGAGCUUGAAGAGUUAAGAUGUAAAUAUGAAUUUUUGGUAGCUAAAUGUAUUUUACUUGACUCCUUUUUUUUUUUUUAGCCACACUUCAUAUCAUAAAUACAUAUUUUUGUUCCUGCGUUGGGUGUUUUUUUCUUUCUCCUUUGUUUUUCUAUGCCUUUAUAAAAGCUUUAAAGUUAUGCACUCUGUCUUUUUAUAUACUGGAAAGGUGUCUGUUUCAGUCAGCUUCAUAAAAUCUAAUCAGUAUUACUUGAGUUUUUCACUUCUUUUUUUGUCAGUUCUCAUCAUCUCAAGUGGCUUUGUUGCUCACCGUAUUGUUCUUCUCUUGUCGUUUUAUUUUUCAUGGGCUUUUUGAUCUGGGCUGAACUGACCUGUAUGAAAUGAUGCUGUUUUCUCGUCACUUGGUGGUACUUUUUUUUUUAUGUGAAGAUUGUCUUGCUGUUUUAUUCCAGUCUUUUUCUACCUCAGGUGUCCUCUAGAGUUUUCUUCUACCAAAGUUCACUUUCUCAAUAUAUAUAAAUGAUUAUAUAUAUAUAAAUAUAUAUUCUUUUAUUAUAAUUUUAUAUCUCUUGAUUCUUUUUUUUUUCCUCAAAGAUCUCCAGGGCUUAAGGGCUAACUUAUAUUAGCACCUUUUUAUUGUGCAAAUAAAUCUCUGGGUUCAGCAAAAGAAAAUUGAAAUUGGCUCAAGCUGUAUCUUUUAAUCUCGUGUAGCUUUUGUCAAAAAUGUUUUAAUUAUUAGGUUUUUACCCCAUUCGAAGCAUUUUAUAAUGAGAAAUCUACCUAUUUUGGUCUUUAUAGCAAAUAAAACCUAUAGAAAAAUCUGCA